AAGCGACGGACCAAUGAGGGCGCAGUCGUGACGUCAUACCUGUAAACACGGAACAGCUGAUGGUCCACCAAUGGUCCACGCUGGCUGGUAAUGCGACGCUCAACGAGUGUGAGGCGAGACGUCUGCGGGAGUGCUCGUGCGGCCGAGGCUUUUAUUCCUUAACCUUCGCGUGGUGGUUCUGGCCAGUGUGUUGGCCUCCAAAGGACUCUUCUGAAGUUACCUGAGUGUGCAGGUGAGCACAGAAAACACAAGCAGCAGGAUGGGGAGCACUGAUGAAUUCUCAAAAUCGCACUUAGCGAAGAAAAAAUUGGAGAUGUCAGAAGAAUCAGAUUCUACUCCAAAUUCUAAGCCCACCUCCGGAGCCUCAAGUCCUGAUCCUCUUGAACAUGGGAUUGAUGAUGACAUGAAGCCUCUCACAGGAGCAGAGGCAAAGUCUAGUGGAAGUGAUUCAGAGAGUGAACCUGACACCUCUAGUAAGCAAAGUGAAGUAGGAACUUCAUCAGGAAUAGCUGUGCAAGGUGCAAGGUAUCGAGUGAACAGUGAAAGCUCCUCAGAAAAUGGUAAAAGUGUGAGCUCAGAACACAGUAAGAGGCAGCGAACUAAAAGUGGUACAUCUCCAGUCCACAAUUUCAUCUUCCCUGGAGUGGCAGCUUCUCCACCAAAGUUUAUGUCUCUGGAGGAGGUCAUGAAGGCAGCAAAGGGGGUCAGCAACAUGGUUCUAGCUCAUGAAAUUGCUGUCGACAAAAACUUCAAGCUUGAGAAGUUUGAUCCUCCAGAUAAUAGUGUUGAAAAGCAGGUCAAAGAUGUGAUGCACAAAGCAUUUUGGGAUCACUUAGCGGAGGAGCUUAGCCAAGAUCCCCCAAGCUAUGACCAAGCAUUAGUUCUGCUGCAGGAGGUCAGAGAUAACUUGCUGGACAUUACUCUUCCUCACCAGAGUAAACUACGUCAAGAAAUCUCAGAAACUUUAGAUGUGGAUCUCAUUAAACAACAAGCUGAGCAUGGCAUUUUAGAUUUUACCAAAUAUUCCCAGUAUGUCCUGUCCAUCAUGGCCCGCCUGUGUGCCCCAGUGCGGGACGACACAAUACGUGGCCUUAUGAAGGAGAGUGACGUGUUAACUGUGUUCCGAGGUGUGAUGGAGACGUUGGACCUCAUGCGCCUUGACAUGGCUAACUUCACCAUCCAGCAAAUAAGACCACACAUUGUUGCCCAGAGUGUGACAUAUGAGAAAAAGAAGUUUGCGGAGUUUCUGAAGACACAAAAUGAUGGUUUGGAGCUGACCAGAACAUGGCUAGUGAGUCAUGUCAAGCCUGAGGAUCUAGAAGUGCCUGAUGACACAGAAAUAAGAAACGUAGUGAAUGCUAUCAUCAUCCGCGCUUACAUGGAGCUCCUUUCAUGGGCAGAUGAAAAACUGCUGCCUGAGACUGUAGUCCUGGAUGGGAGCAGAUUAUUGGAACUUGGAGAUCGCCUGAGUCAAGUGUGCAUCUUGGGCUCUGUGCUUCUUGUCACACUCUCAGCUGUUGGCCCAAUAAUUACACAGCCUGAUGCCUUCAAAGUGAAGCUAAAACGCAACUUGUGCAUUAUCCUGGACCCAGCAUUAUCAGAGAGUGAAACUAUGGCUCUGAUGGACAACGUGGCAGAGCAGGUGCUGAAGGAGGUUGAGGAUAACUUGAAGGAGCACGAGAAACCUCCAUUCCCACAGUCAGCCAAGAACACCCUCAAAUCUCAGGUUUUAGAAAUAAAGAAUCCAGAGCAUCGCAUCAGGUCGUUAAUAUCAAAAAGAUCCCUGGAAUUCAUUUCCACUCUGAUGAUCUCAACUACUGCAAGCCCUGUCCAGAUGCCACCUGGCCUUUCUACCCUUCAAGAGGAGUUGGCCCACAUUUGUGGCACACUAUUACGGCUCAUCACUCACAAUAGGUCUGUGUUUGGAGAGUACUAUGUUGAUAUUUUGACAGACCACAUCAAGACGGAAAGACAACGGAAGAAGAGGACAGAAAGCAAAGAGGAGAAGGCAUCUGAGAGUACUGUUGUCAGCACAAACUCAGAUAGUUAAAUUAUUUUAAUAUUGUUCAAUCUUCUUUUAAUAUAUUUGUCAGUCACUGACAAUGGUGGACGAAAAAACAAUUUAUACAUACAUAUGAUAUUGUAGCAUUACUUGGUGCUCAUAAUCUAUUUACAUUACACCUUACUGGUUAAAAGUAAUAAUGUGACAUUAGCAUAUGUUGUCCCGUGUAACAAUGAUAUUUACGUACAGUAUACUGUACUUUAUCAACGAGUAAUCAUUGCUUUUUGAGUUAGCACUCAAGUCUUAAACCAUAGAAGAAUGUUAAUAGAGUAUUUCCAGACUGAAAAUUAAAUGUUCACAAAGUGAGAAAAUUUAGUCUGUGGUAAAGUUUACACAACCUAUUCUAUGUCACAUGGAAUGAGACUUGCAUAAUGCUCAUUUAACCAAGUGGAAGGGUUUGUAUAUCUAAUGUUCUGUCACACCCAUGAAUCCACUUGCUACUAUUAAUCAUUUCAUAUCACUGAAGGCAUUGCUGUCAAGUUGAGGUUGCCUGAUGUUCCUCCAAACUUACAUAAACAAAAUCAGUACAUUAACACUUGCGCACGUGGACGUGACAUACGCGUCACUAUAAUUGUCUGGUCAAAAAGCACGGCUUCUGAUUGACACGAUAGGGACAAAAAAAAUCACCAAAAAUUCUGUAAUUCUCAUUGAUGCGUGAUACUUGGUCUGUAGACAGGCUAGCGCAUGUUGGCUCGAGGCAAGCCUAACUCAUCAAUUAUACGUCAUAUAAGAAAUCUGAAACUACCAUCGUAUAGGUAAUGAUCUAUUCUUUUUUUUUUUUUUUUUUUCAAAUUUAUGACAUUAUAAUUGGUGUAUCAAAAUUCCGUUUGUUGCACUAAUUAGCUCAUAAAUGUCCGCUUCUUUUUUUAUAGAACACAAUUUGCUAUAUUUUUACUCCUAUGUGAAAAUGUGAGUUUUUUAUUCCAGAAAUCGAUUCGCGUCACUUCAACUCACGAUAUCUCGGUAAAAUAUAAAACAAACAUUUUUUUUUUCUUUCCAUAUUAAAGAGCUUACAAUUUACAGUGGAAUGUAUGUAGUUUCAUAAAUGUGAACCGAGCAAAAGAAUCGAUAAGCGAGUUUUGAAAAAAAUUAUACCACGUGCUCAAGGUACCAAAAUCAGGCCUUCCAAUAGCCAGUUAGGUGUGCGUUUUGGACGAGAAAAUCAGAUGGGAGGAGGUGCGCGAAAGUGUUAAUGGAAUAGAGAAAUGGACCCUGACUUCAUACAUUUAAUCACUAUGGCUUGCUCCUUUGCAUAUAGUAUUUAAAAAGCUCUUGGUAUAAUGAAUAACUGCUGCCUCUUCGGAGGAAUUAGAAUACAUUUACAUGCAAUUUUCUGACACUAUUUAGGGUGUAGAUCUCGGCAAUGAAAGCAACCCUGAAUACAGUGCAGAAACAACUGGGCAUAUCAGUUUCUUUAACAUGACAGGAACACCAUUGCUUCCAUAAGUGACAGUAAUGUCUCCACGAAGUUAACAAUCUGAAAUGUGAUCAUUCACAAUUAUUUUUUUACAGUACUCAGUAUUUUGUUUAAACCAUAUCCUUUGGUCACAACCCCUUGCCUGACCAUUAAAAUAAAUGU